CGGUCUUCGUGUACAAGUCUCUAGAAGCAGCGUGGACCAGUUACAGCGUAUUAGCGUGGACUUGGACGUCGCCAUCUGGAACCGUCGGAGAAGCUGCGAAAUCAGUCCUAGACCGAGAGGACGACGGAGCUUCAGCCAUCGGGAGCUUAUUUUGAUCAAGCUCCCAAUGGCGGAUGGCAGGCUGCGGUGCCAGCGAAUUGGCUGCGACGCGACCUUCACCGAACAGGACAAUCCUGAAGGCUCGUGUCAGUAUCAUGCCUCGGUAAGGCGCCCGUUCUGACUUCUUCUUGGCUUGAAUUGAAAACAUUCCUCGCAUUCGUCUAGAUACUGCUUUGAACUUAGAAUUUGUUUAUCAUUCCAAUUUCCGUAUCGCUUGUGCGCAUUAGGUUAAUUAGGAAGCCUUGGUGCGAGACUUUGACAUAGCUAAUUGGGUUGUGGAUGUUCAUUCAAUUCUAAUGCUUCGGGGUAAUCCUCCUGUUGUGCUGUUUGGAGUUAGGUAUGGUUGAAUAACACUUCUCAUCCUUGCCAAACUUGAUUUGUAAUUUGUGGAUGGCUAGCAUCUUGUAAUACCAGCCUGAACUAGUUGACUUGUGGAUUCAGCCAAGUGGCGUUGCCAAUGUUACUAUCUCUGAAAUAGCUAUGUUGGAAUCCUGUUUAGCUUCAACAAGUUGUAGUUAUUGACAAUGAUUUUGCUAUGACGUCCCUAACGAGUUUUAGUGAUUGUCCUUUUCGUUGCAUGGUUCGACUGGGUUUGGAUGGGUGCUGGUCUUUGCAUCAGGGUCCCAUGUUUCAUGAUGGAAUGAAAGAGUGGAGUUGUUGCAAAAAGAAAAGUCACGAUUUCAGCUUAUUCAUGGAAAUUCCAGGAUGUAAGACAGGUAAACACACUACCGAGAAGCCAGUGGUGGCAAAGGUGAAUCCAUCCCCAAAGGCUCCUGUCUCUAAACCCUCUGUGCCUUCUACGACAAGUGCGCCCUCCAGAGAACUUUGUCCAAGGUGCAAGCAGGGUUUCUUUUGCUCUUAUCAUGGUGCACAACCGAAAAAAGAUGCCGCCCCAGCUAACACAGAGAUUCAAGCUUCUGCUCCUCCUCCGCCUAAGAAGAAAAUUAAUAUCAAUGAGCCCCAAACCUGCAGGAACUCCGGAUGUGAUCAAACUUUCAAGGAAAUAAACAACCAUGAUACUGCGUGCACCUAUCAUCCAGGGCCUCCUGUUUUUCAUGACAGGAUCAAAGGGUGGAAGUGUUGUGACAUCCACGUAAAGGAGUUCGAUGAGUUCGUGAGCAUUCCUCCCUGCACCAAAGGAUGGCACAACGCCAAUCCGACUUCUUGAUCUCGAACACAGCAUUCCUCCCUGCAUCAGCAACAAGUUAGUCUCUUCAUCUCUCCUUCAUGGUCAAUGUCUGCGAAAAACAGUAUCUGCUUCUACUGUAAGUCCGAAACAUACAUCUCCAUUCUCUCUUGGAAGGUCAGAUGGGCAUUGACUGCAAAGCCUUGCGGCCCAUUUAUCUUACCGGCCCGAGAUCCUGGACUGGUGUUGUAGACUAUUAUUAUGAGGUAUUAAAUGGUAUAAUGCAGAUUGAACUGGAAUAAGGUGAGGCAAUAAUAUACGAAGGGACAAAAUAAGAGAAGAGCCAACACCAUUUAUUCAAGAGAGCCUUUGCAAAAGAAGAUUAGGGAAUACAUAUUAGAUAGCUAUCACGGGUCGUAUGAUGGCUGCCAUUAAUUCUCUCUCUCUCUCUCUCUUUCACCAUUUUCGUCUUUUCUCUGUCCCCAAAAACAGAACUGCUGUGGGGCAGCCCUACCCUUUCCUCAACUUCCCUU